AUGGACAAACCAAGAAUCAUUGAACAUAUUAGCAAACCUCUUAAUUGGACCAUAAAUGAUUGCAAAUGGGUUCCAAGUAGUGCUAGAUUUGUAGCAGCAGGAGGUGUAGCAAGAGGAACAGGAUGUUUACAAGUGUAUGCAUUAUCGGAUGAUGGUAAAGAUGUAAACAUGUUGUAUGAGAUUGAGAAUAAACAUCCGAUCAAGUGUUGUACAUUUGAGGCAACAGGAAUUGAAGAAAGACAUUUAGCUUGUGGAGAUUUUGAUGGAAAUGUAUUAUUAUAUGAUAUUUCAAAACAAGCAAAACAACCAAUAUUUAAAAUUGAACAUGCUCAUUCACAAAUAAUUAAUUGUAUUGAUGGAUGUGGAUUAAGUUAUGGACCUCCUGAAAUUGCAACUGGAUCACGAGAUGGUUGUGUUAAAAUUUGGGAUUUAAGACAAAAACAAAAACCAAUUGUUAGUUUAGAACCUUCAAAUGGAAAAGUUGAUUGUUGGGCUGUUUGUUUAGGAAAUUCUUUCAAUGCAAAUGAAAGAGUUUGUGCAAGUGGUUAUGAAAAUGGUGAUUUAAAGAUUUUUGAUUUGAGAACUAAUAGUAUUCUGUGGGAAACUAAUUUAAAGAAUGGUAUUUGUUCUUUACAAUUUGAUAGACGUGAUAUUGAAAUGAAUAAGUUAUUAGCAACUACUCUUGAGGGUAGAUUCAAUGUUUUAGAUAUGAGAACAAGACAUCCAGAGAAGGGUUAUGCUUCAGUGAGUGAAAAAUUGAAAGAAAAUACAUCAACUAUAUGGAUGGGAAGACAUUUACCUCAAAAUAGAGAUGUUUUCCUUGUAGCCUCUGGUUCAGGUUUACUUUCACUUUACAAAUAUAAUUAUCCUUCUGAGAGAAAGAUUGGAAAUCCACCUGAAGGUGUGGCUGGUACAGUUUCACUCAUUCAAAAACAAACAAUUUCUUCACAACCUAUUUGCUGUUUCGAUUGGAAUAGAGAUAAGGAAGGUUUAGCUGUUGCAGGUGCAUUAGAUCAAUGUUUGAGAGUUAUUGUUUGUACAAAAUUAAAUUUACUUUAA